AUGGAUCAAGUCAUACUUCCGGAGCCGCUUGCUUCAAUCCCGCGGUCCGAACUCACCUUUGGGCCUUCUCCAAUCCACUCGCUGCCCAGAAUCUCCGCCGCGCUGGGCGGAAAGGUCGCCAUCUAUGCCAAGCGCGAAGACUGUAACUCGGCCCUGGCCUAUGGCGGCAACAAGACUCGUAAGCUUGAGUAUCUGCUGCCAGAGGCACUCUCCCAGGGUUGCGACACGCUCAUCAGCAUCGGUGGCUUCCAGUCCAACCACACCCGCCAAGUGGCAGGAGCAGCGUCCAGAAUGGGACUGAAGGCAAAGCUCGUACAGGAGAAAUGGGUUGACUGGACGGACGUCGGAUACGACAAGAUCGGCAACAUCCAGCUGUCAAGAUUAAUGGGUGCGGACGUACGGCUCGACCCGAGUGGCUUCGGCAUUGAGCACAAGCAGACUCUACAGAAUCUGCGGCAGGAGGUGAUCGAUGCCGGAGGCAAACCCUACUACAUCCCUGCAGGUGCGAGCGACCAUCCGCUUGGAGGACUGGGCUUCGCCAGGUGGGCCUUCGAAGUCCGCCAGCAGGAGCUGCAGCAGGACGUGUUCUUCGAUACCAUCAUUGUUUGCGCGGUGACAGGUAGUACAUUUGCUGGGAUGAUCGCUGGGUUCAAAUUACUGGAAAAGACUGGCGCGAGCCCAAAGAGGCGAGUGAUUGGCAUCGAUGCAAGCGCGAAGCCAAAAGAGACGUUUGAUCAGGUGGUGAGAAUCGCGAAGCAGACUGGAACGAAGAUUGGCCUUGCAGAGAGCGAUAUUACCGAGGCGGACGUGACGCUGGACGAGAGGUACCAUGCUGGAAUCUAUGGCAUUCCAGAUCAACAGACAAUUGAUGCCAUCAAGUUUGGCGCGAAGACGGAGGCGUUCAUCACCGACCCUGUAUACGAAGGCAAGUCACUGGCAGGUCUGAUGGAUAUGGUCAAGAAGGGGGAGAUCAAGGAGGGCAGCAAAGUGUUGUACGCGCACCUUGGUGGCCAGUUGGCCCUGAACGCGUACUCCGAUCUGCAAUGA